AGGUCCUCAUCUACAUCAUCAUAGAAGCGCUCCACCGCCAAUACGAUAAUUUCCAUCGCUCUUUGAUCGAUUACUGCCCUUAGUCUCCGCCGUUCCUUUGCUCCGUUGACAUUGAACCCCCAGGAACUGAGCGAAAUGGCCACUUCUGCAUUAUUACAAGCCAUUCCGGCGAGAUCGGCAUCUCGAACUACCCUUAGGACACCAACGAACCGGUUGUGUUCCAGGAGGACGGCCUCCUUCCGUGUGCGAUGCACGGCGGAGGAGGAGCAGAGAGAGCAAGCGAUUCCUACACCAGCUCCGCCGACGUCAAAUCCGUCCCCUCCGCCACCGUCUCCGAAGCCGAAGGUGAGCACGAAAUUCUCGGACGUCCUCGCAUUCAGCGGGCCAGCGCCAGAGAGAAUCAACGGGCGGCUAGCAAUGAUAGGCUUUGUGGCCGCUGUAGCGGUUGAGGCAUGGAAAGGUCAGGAUGUAUUGGAGCAAAUAGGCAACGGAGGAAUUCCAUGGUUUGUGGGAACGAGCGUGGUUUUGACACUGGCAUCGCUGAUUCCGCUAUUUAAAGGGGUGAGUGUGGAGUCUAAGUCGAAGGGGCUUAUGACAUCCGACGCGGAGCUGUGGAAUGGGAGGUUUGCGAUGUUGGGGCUCGUAGCUUUGGCCUUCACUGAAUUUGUCAAGGGUGGAAGCCUCGUGUAGAUUGUAGUUCUGAGAUGUAGAUUCGAUGUCUCUAAGAGAACAACGAAUAUGUUACUUAAUAGUUUUCUGUAACAAUGAUUAUUAGUAAUACUUCUUCGUUUGCCUAUAUGUUA